AAAAAAUCAAAAAUCCCCAAAAGCCUUUUUUGACCACUCAUCAGUCAUCACUGCAAAUCCUCUCAAUUAUUUAUUUCUUCCAAACCAAUUCAGUUUCGUUUCAAACGUCGAGUCAUGGCCCCCCUCAGAAGAACGAUGGAGCACAGGGAAACUACGGUGACAGCCUGAUGGAUUCCGGUACUGGGCUGCUACUUUCCAAGCUCUUUUCAGGAUUGGUUGGCUGGCACGGCGGUGGACGGACCCAAAUGACAAAAUUGAAAUAAUGGAUGCUGUUGAAGGUGCAAAAAUUGAAGAUUUUGAAGAUGAGUAGUUUGAUUUCCAGGCCUGGAGUCAUUCAUUACUGAUUUGAGAAAAGGGUUUCGUGGGUUUCGGAAGGCGAUUUUUUAUAUGUGAUUUUUGUUAAUUUUGAUGUUUGUUUUAGUACAUAGUGGUUCGUGUUGUAGAUGCGGAGUGUUGUUCGAUUCGUGCCGUAGAAACGCAUAUUUGGGGGUCGAUUAUGAUGCCGUCGGAUCCUUGCGGCUCGAGCUUGAUUCUAUCUCUGCCGGAUGACAUAUUGGCAAUCAUCUCUCGGUCCCUCUUGCCGAGGGAUAUCUGUAAUCUCAGCCUGUGCUGUCGGAGCCUCUACGGCGUUGCAACCUCCGAUAAGGUGUGGUUCACCCAAUGUGAUAUGGUAGGGGUUCUUCCCCUUCGAGACAUGAUUGAGUGGCGGCAGGGAGUUUCGUCUUACAAGGCGCUUUGCCGCUUUCUAGUUAGCGUUCAGCCAUUAAUUGGAAUAUGGGUUCACCAGAAUCCAGAGCUUGGCAAUGUCGUUUAUGUCAUGCCGGGUUUCGUUUCCAUUGUUGGUUGCCGGAUCAUCCCGCAGGAGCUUGGGCCAUUGGGGAUCGAAGAUGGCCCCAUUUUAUGGGCGCCCGUGUUUGAAAUUUUUGGUGGAUUUGAUGGCUCUACUGCAUUUUUCCUACAUGGAAGGGAGAAUGAGAUUAACUACUUCUAUCCUGGUUUGGUCAAACAGGUUGACAAGACAUGCAAUGUGCUGUUGCUUGAGGUUGAGCCUAGGCAACACAGAAAUGUGGUAAAAUUGGUUCAUAGUAAAGGCUCUCACCAUACAGAUGGCGAGCCAUCAAGAAGAGUUUGUCGAUCGGAUAGUGGGCUUUCGAGAUCACAAAGGAUGAUAGGACAGAUUGUGUCGAUAGUGCCCUUCAGCCGGUUGGCUUUUGGCGACAGAAGGAAGCUGCUUGAUAUUGUUACUAGUCAAGUUCGUCUGAAGGUGCCCGAUUUGGCAAAUGGGCCUUUAUUUCCUCGAUUGAGGAACGAUGAGGAGAAAUUUAAGAAAGAUGUUGAGCUCUUAUCUGAACGCAGGUUGUUGCUUUUGCAAAUGUAUAAGAUUGGUGGGGGUAAAACUGAUCUGGAGGCAGCUCCAGAACCACCUUCUGAUCCUACCCUAUUGGAAUUGAGUGAGAUCAGGAAGAAAUUUGACCAGUCGAGUGGUUUUCGAAAUUCAAUCAGUGGUGACAACAGUCGCUCACAGUGUGCUAAAAGGAAAACGAUUGGAGUGUAUUUUCGGAAUGGCCUUAAACAGAUUCUUGGGAAGUCUGACCCAAUCAAUGUUCGUCGUACAAGUCUGAAGAACGGUGCUUCAAGCAGUGAGAAUAAGCUUGCACAGCUUCAGGAGUUUCUGAGGUCAGGCGAUACAAUUGGACUUACCUUACAUGCCUCUACUGUGAAGUUAUCUUCUUAUCGAGCAUGGCCAAACAUGCACGAUAGUCGAUUCGCCCUUUACAAGUUGCCCAUGCGGGUGCCGGAUGUGGGUCAAGAGUAUGCUGGUUUAUGGGGAGGAACAUUUGGUUGGCCACCUGGGAGGCCUACUGAAGACAAGCCUGGGAAGGCUCUUUUCUUUCUUUUGCUCUCUUAUGAAGAGUUGGAGCGGCAAAAAAUUCUAAUUGCAACCAAAAUAUUAGAAGGUACUCAUUAUGUUCUGCAUCCAAAUGGAUCAGCAAUGUUUAUAGCGAAUGUUGAUGAGCCUUCGCCAGAUCCAUUCCCUUGGGUUACUGAUGGAGAAUCCCUCCCCGUGGAUGUGAAGUGUGCUUUUGUAGGGGAGGGCAUUGCUAAUGGGUAUGGUUUCAGAUAUCCUGGCUCAAAGCCUGGUUCACUCUAUGUGAUUCAUGAUGGAUUGCUUGCCUUCACCUGGAAGGAGUCCAGGGUUGUCUUGACUUUGCAGAGGCUUAACUUGCAAGAACUAUUGAAGAAAGGUGAACGGGUGCCUGCUUUACCUCCGAUUGCAAACUUCUCAUAUUUAACAAAAUCCUACUCGAAUGUAUUUGCUGGCUUCCCAAACACCUCGAGUUGUUUAUCCCAAGGAAGAGCCAUUACUAGACAUCUACAGGCUUGCAAUAAUACUCAACAGACUUAAUGAUUGUUCCAAUGCCAUUACCUGGCUUCCUUAUAAUGCUGGAAGCUCUUUGGAUGCAGCAGAUGGUUCCAUGGUCUGUGAAUUCAUAUAUCCUUGUCGAUGUGAUCAAAUGCUCUUGCUGCUGCCAAAAUUUCAGUGAACUCAUCCCUCUUAGAUGGUGCAAAGUCUGAUGUAAUCAUCUGUGUUUGGGUGGAACAUAGUAGCAUUCCAGGUUUUGUCAUAUAACCUGAUUUGUUAAUUUAAAAAUUAGCGAAAAUACCUCCUUCGGCGAUCUUAUUGAAGUUUCUCCAUGCAUUUCCAUUGGAGAUUUGGGUGCAAGGGCCACUUCUGUUUUGUUCAACCUUCUGCAAUUUUAGCAUGUCCUGAAAUUAUUUGCUUAUUGUUAUGCAUUUACAUUUAAACUUGAAGUCAUAAAAGCUGAACUUAAUUCCUUGCCUUGUAAA